UUGAAGCAUGCUCGGGAUGCUAUGAGGAGGGCGAAUGCACGGUUCUUGCAGGAGGCCCGGGCUGGGACGAUGAACGGGAAUGGGAAUGGGAGUGGGAAGGGUGAGGUUGACGCAAAGAUGGCUGAUGUUUUGGCGCGUGCUGGUAUCGGUUCCGGACUGGAGACACAACGAUACUCUGAGGAACGUGAAGACGAAAUACGGGAUGAUUUGGAGCGGGAUGAAGGAACGGUAAGAGCGAAGUCCACAGAGAGCACGGUGCAUGAAAGGCCGUCCGUUCCGCGAGGACCAUUCGAUUUCUCCGGUUGUUCAAGUGACACCCACCCGAAAUACCCUAAACGACCGCGAUCUUCAUCUUUUGACGAGACGGCCUUACCUUCGCCUUCUGGUUUUGGCUCUAAGGCAAGUGGCAACUCGACACUCGAGUCGCCUCUUGCGCCUCCGCGCCGCGGGUCCAUAGACAUUAGCUCAACAGUUUACCCUAUGGCUAAAUCUGGCACAUCUUUACUGGCUUCCUCGGAAUCGACUCCAACUGCGAGCGGUGCAUCCAACGCGAAACGGGCUAAGCUUGCGAGCCAAGAAACCUUGGAUGCAUUCUUCAAGCGUUCCUCCGGAUCGUCUUCGUCAUCACCGAGUAUAAAUGCUAGCCGGGCCAAACC